AUGUUCCAAUUUCAGAUCAUCCGACAAUUCUGCAACGAAAGUAUAUUCGCCCACUAUGGCGAUUAUCCAUCCCCAUGUGCCCUGAACAUAGUAUGGUCCACAGUGGUGUGCACGUUCAUAUUGGGGGCGGCCGUAGGGUCAUUGGGCGGCUCUGCACUGGCCGCCCGGUUGGGCAGAAAGAGCGUCUUGGUGAUAUGCGCUGCCUUGGCUGCAAUGGCUGCCGUAAUGUUCUUCUCUUGCAAGCCUGCUGGUAGUGUUGAGAUGCUUAUCCUUGGAAGGUUGCUUGCCGGAUUGUCAGCGGGUAGGUUCAUUUUUGGAUGUAUGCUAAUAUUUAAAAAAGAUCUGUUUAUAAUUUUUGAUAGAUAUACGUCGCAUUUUUUUAAAAUCUACUAA